GCACUCUACUCCGUGCUGCGGAAAUUGCACGGCCCAAGGACUAGCCAGCCAGCCAACAGGACCAGAAAAAAAAAGUAAAUUGCAGCACGCAGCCGAACCAAACUACGAUUGGGACCGAACUCUCAGAUCGGGUUUUGACCCCAAGGUCGUCCUCGCCCCCACGGUCGAAUUUGUAUCAUCCUCGUCGACUGCAUACACCGUGUCGGGAUUCAGCCAUGCCCUAGGCCCCUUUCUUAGCAAGGGAGCGUGAUCCUUGUAUAGGCAGCGUUCGGUGAAUUGCUUAAUCGCACGUCAGUUGUCGGCCGAGAUGCCUGCCAGCCAGCAGUCGGAGAAUCGCGGUGCAACGAUCACCAUCACGGUGCUGGCGGUGGCAUUUGUGAUUCUGCGCUUCGUGGCGCGGUAUGUCCGGGGGACUCCGUAUGGGAUAGACGAUUAUAUGCUCGUCUUGGCUCUGAUUUUCACCUUCGCGGUCCUAGGCAUUAACCUAGCCAUGGUCGCACAUGGCCUGGGUGUCCACAAGUCCGAGCUCCCACCGCAGCAUCUCGAGACCGUCAGCAAGCUCCUGAUCAGCAUGGAGUGUGUCUACUGCACGACCGUCGGGAUCAUCAAGCUAUCCAUCCUGGCCAUGUACCGCCGCAUCUUCAUCGACCGGGUCACGCGCGUCGCGACCCUGAUCCUGGCCGCCGUCACCAUCUCCUGGGUCAUUUCGAUCAAUUUUGUCUCGAUCUUCCAGUGCACGCCCGUCGCUAAGACGUGGAAUCCCACCCUCCCGGGCCAUUGCAUUAACCUGAAGGGAUCGUUUAUUGGGAACGCCGUGCCGAAUAUCAUGACUGAUAUCGCGAAUCUGAGUUUGCCGGCCCGUCAGGUCUGGAAGCUGCAUGCUUCGUUGACGCAUCGGCUUGCGGUUAUUGGUAUCUUUCUGCUGGGAAGCUUCGUCGUCUUCGCGAGUAUCUACCGAUUCGUCACGCUGUUCAAGUUCCAACCCAGCGAUAUGACUUGGACCCUCUCCGAAACCAACGCAUGGUGCGUGAUCGAGGUCGGAUCGGGGAUUAUUUCAGCCUGCCUGCCAACCCUACGGCCGCUGCUGCAGUUGGUUUCAGAUCGCUUCAACACGUCGCAGGGCACUCAGUCACAGAGCCAUGGGCAGACGGGCGAGAGCGGGUUCGACUCGAGGCAGCAGCGGUCUGGACGGCGGUACUGGCCGGGGGAAUCGACGACGCAUCUGGCGUUUAAGUCGGGGGAUGAGCUGCCGUUGAAUAGUAUCUUGGCUACAAGGGCGUUUUCGGUGCAUUCGGCGCAUCCGCAGAAUGAGUGA